GGGCGGGGCGGGGGGAGCCCUAUAAUUGGAGGAGUCUGGGAUCCCUGAGUCCUACUCGGCCAGAGCGGAGGAGAAAGACUGGUUUCCCGGGAGCUGACUAACCUGCUCUGAAGAUGAAGGCUUUGUGGGCUGCGCUGGUGGUCACACUGCUGGCAGGAUGCCAGGCCGACGUGGAGGAGGUGAAGCCGGCGCAGGAGCCCGAGCAGUGGCAGGGCAACCAGCCCUGGGAGCAGGCGCUGGGCCGCAUCUGGGAUUACCUGCGCUGGGUGCAGACGCUGUCUAACAAGGCGCAGGAGGAGCUGUUUGGCACCCAGGUCACUGAGGAAUUGACAGUGUUGAUGGAGGACGCCAUGAAGGAGGUGAGGGCCUACAAGGAGGAGCUGGAGAAGCAGUUGGGCCCCAUGACCCAGGAGACGCAUGCCCGCCUGUCCAAGGAGCUGCAGGCGGCGCAGACCCAGCUGCAGACGGACAUGGAGGACUUGCGCACCCGCCUGACCCAGUACCGCAGCGAGGUACAGACCCUGGUGGGCCAGAACCUCGAGGAUGCUCGGGCCCGCCUGGCCUCCCAACUGCGCAAGCUGCGCAAGCGCCUGCUCCGCGACACCGAAGACCUGCAGAAGCGCCUGGCCCUCUACCAAGCCGGGGCCCGCGAGGGUGCGGAGCGCGGGGUCAGCGCCAUCCGCGAGCGCCUCCUGCCGCUGAUGGAGCAAGGCCAAGCACGGGCCAUCACUGUCGGCAAGCCGCUGCGGGAUCAGGCCGAGGCAUGGGGCCAGCGGCUGCGCGGAAAGCUGGAGUCGGUGGGCAGCCAGGCCCGUGACCAACUGGACGACAUGCGCGAUCGGAUGGAGCAGUUCCAGGCCAAGGUGGAGGAUCAGGCCAACCAGAUGCGCCUGCAGGCCGAGACCUUCCAGGCCCGCCUCAAGACCUGGUUCGAGCCCCUGGUGCAAGACAUGCAGCGUCAGUGGGCGGAGCUGGUGGAAAAGGUGCAGUCGACCUUGGGCACCAACGACCCCGCUGUGCCCAAGGAAAAUUAAUAAGUGCUGGCCGGCCAUGCGGCCUGGAAGACCCCACUCCCGCCACCUCCGUCCCCCUGCAUCCCCCAGCCUGCAUGGGCCCCAUCCUGCCCCUACUGCCCACCUGGUGGGCCCUGGCUCAAUAAAGUGUAAGCAAGCUUCACAUCA